GUUUUACCAAGAGACAGUACAUCUAACACUUAACUUGGAUCAUCUCUUGUUCAUCAGCUUGAAAAUCAUAACAGCCCCCAAAACUGACAUUUGAUCUGAAAGAAAAAAGCUGUGACAAAUGGACAAUAUGUCUAUUACUAACACGCCAACAAGUAAUGAUGCUUGUCUGAGCAUUGUUCACAGCUUGAUGUGCCAUCGACAAGGUGGAGAGAGUGAAACUUUUGCAAAACGCGCAAUUGAAAGUUUAGUUAAAAAGCUAAAGGAGAAAAAAGAUGAAUUGGAUUCUUUGAUUACAGCUAUAACCACAAAUGGAGCUCAUCCUAGCAAGUGUGUUACAAUACAGAGAACGCUGGAUGGGAGGCUUCAGGUGGCUGGUCGCAAGGGAUUCCCUCAUGUGAUUUACGCUCGUCUUUGGAGGUGGCCUGAUCUUCAUAAAAAUGAACUCAAGCAUGUUAAAUAUUGUCAGUAUGCUUUUGACUUAAAAUGUGACAGUGUCUGUGUAAAUCCUUACCAUUAUGAGCGUGUAGUAUCGCCUGGCAUCGAUCUCUCAGGACUGACACUACAGAGUUCUGCUCCAUCAAGCAUGUUGGUGAAAGACGAAUACGUUCAUGACUACGAGGGGCAGCCGUCGUUGUCUUCUGCCGAAGGCCAUUCAGUCCAAACCAUCCAGCACCCACCAAGUAACAGGGCAUCUACAGAGCCUUAUAGCACCCCAGCCAUGUUAGCUCCUACUGAGGCUAGCACUACCAGCACCACUAAUUUUCCCAACAUUCCUGUGGCUUCAACAAGUCAACCUACCAGUAUAUUGACAGGUAGCCAUAGUGAUGGACUCUUACAGAUUGCUUCAGGGCCUCAGCCAGGAACUCAGCAGAAUGGGUUUACAGCUCAGCCAGCUACUUACCAUCACAAUAGUACUACAACUUGGACUGGAAGUCGGACAGCAGCCUACACGCCUACCAUACCUCACCACCAGAAUGGCCAUCUUCAGCAUCAUCCACCUAUGCAUCCUGGACAUUACUGGCCAGUUCACAAUGAACUUGCAUUCCAGCCUCCUAUAUCAAAUCAUCCUGCUCCAGAGUAUUGGUGUUCAAUCGCGUAUUUUGAAAUGGACGUGCAAGUUGGGGAAACAUUUAAGGUCCCUUCAAGCUGUCCAAUUGUUACUGUGGAUGGAUAUGUGGAUCCUUCCGGAGGAGACCGUUUUUGCCUGGGCCAGCUUUCCAACGUGCAUAGAACAGAAGCCAUUGAGAGAGCAAGGUUACACAUAGGUAAAGGGGUGCAGUUGGAGUGCAAAGGCGAAGGAGACGUGUGGGUCAGAUGCCUCAGUGACCACGCGGUCUUCGUUCAGAGUUACUACCUGGAUAGAGAAGCAGGGCGUGCACCAGGGGAUGCUGUGCACAAGAUUUACCCAAGUGCAUAUAUAAAGGUGGGUUCGAUGUUCCUGGAUGAAAAUUGGGUGGGUUUGUCAGCUGCUGCUGGAAUCGGUGUAGAUGACCUUCGCCGCUUAUGCAUACUCAGGAUGAGUUUUGUAAAAGGUUGGGGACCUGAUUACCCGAGACAGAGCAUCAAAGAGACGCCGUGCUGGAUCGAAAUUCACUUACACCGUGCCCUCCAGCUUCUAGAUGAAGUACUUCAUACCAUGCCUAUCGCAGACCCACAACCUUUAGACUGAGAUCCCUCUGCUGCACUGCUGGGGGCCGUCAUAUUGUGAGGAUGGUGGAUUGUAAAAUACAAUUCUGUUUAUAACCUGAAGAUAUAUUUUACUUUUGUUCUGCUUAAUCUUCUAAAACCGGGUUUUAAAAAUGUGUUUGCCGCCUUGCUCUUAGAAAGAAACUGAACAUGCAGAAUUUGGAUUUUGGUUAUUUUCAGAACUUAAUUGUCAUAAAUACAUGGCUCAGGGCUUAAAGUUGAAAGGUAAACGCCUUAUAGAGACUUUACAGUAUUGGGUUGUUCCCCUUGAAACUUUCCUUCUCUAUUCUGGCAUCUUGGUGAUAAGCCUCACAGGAGCCUUUUGUAUGCAGAAUAUAUAUUAUAUAUAUAUUUAUAUCUGAAAAUUCCUUCUAAUAGUUAUAAACAUUUACCUUAUAGCAACUUUAAAAUUCCAACUGAUUUGUGAUGUUCUUUUUAGGGAACAAUAGUUAACAGAAGACUUCCUUUAUUUUGUUGACUCUCUUGUUAUGGUUUUUCCAGAUUCAAACGUAGAAGCUGCCAAAAAGUGAGGGAUGAGACAUACGUUGUUGGCAUCGAUUAAAAAUAGCGAGAAGAAGAAACGGGGCUUUUCCUUCACUAGUUUUUAAAAUAAAAAAAAAAAAAAAGAUAUCUUAGAUUUUUUAUUUAUAUAGACACGUGAGUUUUAAAACACUAAAGGAAAGGGAUACUUUCAGUGCUGGCACUCAAUUUAAAUAUAACAGGAAAUACCCAGUCUGCAAAGUUGCCACUGAAAUUGCAUAAUGAGUACGUAAUGGCAGGAACAUAUUUUUCAUAACUACUACUGACUUUAUGAUUUUACUCAAGUAAAACUUGGCAGGUAUUUUCAAAAGUUGCAUGACUCUUUUUACUUGCGUAUACCAUUAAAUCCUGUAUAAAUAUUACAUCGAUACUUAGGAUCCAGUUUUUGUAUCUGUUCACCAUUUCCACUCAGGGCAAGAUGGCAAACUUGUUUUUAUACCUCUUGGUUCUUUUCAGCCCUAUGCCAUCAACGACCGUAUCAAUUGGCAAUGACUUUGUAUAGAGAAUUUAUAGUAGAAAAAAAAAAAAAUAAAAAAUGCAAAUGUAUUGACUGUAUGACAGAUACAAUAUGUAUGCUUUCUCUCUAGUUAAUAGUAUAAAUAAAAUUAUGAAAACCCUGAUUUUUUUUUUUUUAAUAUAAAUUUAGUUUGCUUCUAUUACGUAAUUCUGCACCUUGAAACCAUUGAUCUUGAGCGAUGGAUUAUUUUCCUUUGCAAGACCAGCAGCAGCAGCCAAUAGUAGGAAUUUUAGUCGGUUUAAACUUGCCAGGAAAGCAAGUCCCAAUUUUUUUCUUCCUGCUUCUCAAUAAGAUGCCCUGAGGAUAUCUCUUUUUGGCUAUUUGAUGGGAUACAAAGAGGGAGCAGGAAUUCCUUAUUUUCCAGCACGUGUGCAGGGAGUUGGAGCUUAGUUAAGUUGGAGCCUACGGAUUUCUAAGCCUGGUUAAGUCCUUCAAGCUCUGCCAGUUCGUGCUGCCCUGAGCCCUGGCAGCGCAGUCGGAGUGGUUAACAGAAGUCGAAGACUUGGAAAAAGCUUCUUCCGAAGCUUUUUGCCAAAUUUCUUGCCUAGUUUCAGCAAUCCGCACAGAGGGCUGCGACGCACGGCGUUUAGGUGUUGCUUCCCUCCGUCUCCGGAGCUCUUAGGAGAGAAGUCAGCAGUCAUUGUGGAACUGUAAAAGACGGGUGAUUUGGGAGCGAUGGCCACCAAUGGAUGAGUUUUUUCUCUUAAUUUCUCCCAAUUUUCAUUCACCGUGUUGCCUUCUUCAGACUCCAUUCUAAUGAGAUGACUUUUUUUCCCCCCCUCUUACACAGCGGCUUCUCGAUGUUUGAAAAAAGUGUUUGCUUUUCUCAAGGCUUGUAAUUUAAAAACUUUUUGUUGUUGUUCAUUUUCCUUUCUCUCCUAACGAUCUCAUUUGUCCCAAAAGCGAGCUGCUUCACAUUCUUGAGGAACACUUUAGAAGGAUUCUGACUACAUCCUCAGAAAAGCUUCUUAACCAGCAGCUCGGCUACGCUUCAUCCACAACAGCAAACGUGAUUCGGGGGAAAAAAUGAAAAAAAAAAAAAACAAACUACGUGUCCUUCUUGCCAACCUCCCUUUUGAGUCGUCUUACUGCUGGGUUCGAGCUGCCUCGGCUUUUGGGAAGCGUCUGACUGAUUAAUUGCUUGUCACAGACGGUGAAUUUGAUCGGGAAUCCGCGUGUCUCCUCCCUGUUUCACUGGCAGGUUUGCAGGGUGCUGAUCUUGGUGGGUGACUUGCUCUGUCUGUGCUUCACAGAAAACCCUCUUGUAGCGGUCGUUACACUUCUGAUCGUGCCAAAUUUUGAUGAAAUAGUGGAAGAUUGCUUCCGCCUAUUGGUGGUGGUGCCUGUAUUGCAGCCUGAAAGAAAUGAGCUGUUAAAACCGGGAUUUUUUUUUGCAGAUAUUUGGCGAAUCUCCUUAAGUCUCUACCUACACUGAACGCUACCUCUAGUGUAGUAUUUAAAUGGCCAAAACCCCACUGAAUAGAACACCACAAUAAUGUCAGCUGAGUUUAUCAGAGCCAAGAAAUCACAAGCUCCACAUCAGGAGGGAUGUGGAUGUUGCGUGAGGCAGGAAAAAUCCUGAGGUGGAAUUCAUCUUCUCCACCGGGCAGUCACUGAUAAGAUACGAUCGUAACUGUUAAAGGGCAAAACGAGAGAAUCUCAUUCUUAGUUUUUAAUAGGCCUUUAACUUAAAUUCUGUACUUUUUAUUUCUUAUGACAAGGCCUCAAAGGCAGCGCGUAAUGGAUUGGAAACCCUUCAGCAGCAGCACGUUAGAUCUUUGACGGUCUUGCCUUUAUGUCAUCUUGGGAGAUUCAAAAAAAGAAGCUGCAGCUACUUGACAGCCGUGACGAUCCCCGUAUGCGCUGAAGGCAGGGAUGUCACCAAUGCCGGAACCACGUCUCCUCUUCAGCUCUGAAUGUCUCCAAAUCAGUCAAUUCAACAAGUUUUAUGUGGUGUGUUUUGUUUUUUUUUUUCCCAGCUAGCGAUCUCUUGCUUGCAAUCCAGUUCCUGCGUCCGCCGUGCUGCUUUCCACGCAGUAAUUACCCCUCGUUGUUUCUCACCCCCAAUUAGGCCCUCCUCAAAACGAACAUUGUGCUGGAGUACUUUGUAAUUUCACUUUGUGUCUUGAAGAGCUGGGAUUAGCACCGGAAGGUUUAGACGGCUUUAACCGUGUUAGUUUUGAAAGCGAGGGCGUUUAGAAUGAACACAGAUGUAGGAGAGGAAAAUUUUCGCUGGGAUGCUCGAAAAGUAUUUCAUUCUAACGGGAAUCCCUCGGAAGGAGCCGAGCUAAGCGGUGCUGGUUAGAAAUGAUUGUUCUUCAUGCUGCUUUUCGGGGCGUGAUGAGAAUGAUACGGACCUGGCCCUGAUAACGAAGGGAUUUUUUUUUAACAGCUCUAACGUCCUGAACCCCUGGGAAAUUAUCUGGCUGCUUUACAGAGAGAUGGACCUAAAAUGCGAAGGAGACAACGGCUCUCCCCCAGUCACCCAACAGGGCUGUAGCAGCAGUAGUCAUUGAACUUGUGUCCAACUCCUGUGCCUUACCUUAGAACCAUCUUGCUUCUUGUGACACUUCUCAAAGACGACAGCGUCCUCUCGGCGUAGCUCAGGAACGACUGCCUCAAUUCUUUUCCUAGGAACCA